AUGGAGUUGAUCGAAAGCUUCCCUUUGAGCGAGGCAUCGCUUCGCGCUGGUAUCACUGUCAUGGCUGCUUUCUUUAUUCUGAUCAUAGUAUCACUGCGUCCUGUUCGCACUGGAGCUUACGAGGUCUUCUUCUACAUUCACUUCGUUGGGAUCGGGUGGAAUCCAGUAUAUUUCUGGUGGGAGGAUAUCACCACACCAAAGGUGCUUACAAAUAGAGGGUCGUACUGGAUAUGGCCCUCGUUUGUCUUCUGGGCUCUCGAUCGCUUCAUCCGGGUGGUUCGACUUGUUGUAUUCAAUCACUCUUACUUCAAGUCAGAAGCUGGGACAAUGGAUGCAGCGACAGAAUUGCUUCCCGAAGAUAUCGUUCGAUUGCGCCUACGUCGGCCUCCGCAUUUCCACUGGUCCCCAGGACACACGGCAUAUCUAAUCAUGCCCUCAGUUUCGACACUGCCAUUCGAAGCGCACCCUUUUACUAUUGUGAGUUUCGAUUCUAGUUUCCUGUCAACCGCAAGACCAGAGGAUCAAUCGGGAAGCGGUGAAAAUUACGGAGCCCAGGUUCUGGGAUCGAGUGCUCUGUUCUGGAAGGAGCUAGUGUUUUCGGUCAACAUGCACGGAGGGUUCACAAAAAGGUUAAAGGAGGUAGUUGUAACGAAGGGUGAAGUUAAGGUUUUUGUGGAUGGUUUUUAUGGCUUGUUUUCUGACCUUGGUUUUUACAACACGUUUGUAUUUGUGGCAGAGUAUGUUCAACGGAUUGAAGAAGCCCUCAUCAAGGCUGUGCAGCUUGCUCGGUCUUCUUUGACAGUGUCCAUCCGUAUCUUUGACACUGGUUCUCCAUCAACAUCACAGUACAUGGAAGAAGAUUUCAGCCUUUCAAAUCCAACAGAGAAGAACGGCACUCCCGAACAAGUUCUGACAAGGAAGGGUUCUAUAACGUCGUCAAUGCUAUUUUCAUUAUGCGGGGUCAAGAUGGAAAGUGGACGAGCGGACCUGGAUGCACUGCUCAAAGAAGAGGUCAGCAUGGCAUCUGGAAGUAUGUCGGUGAGUGUUUGCGGAUCGCAGGGUAUAGUACAUGUGGUCCGUCACGCACUUCGCUUGCCUGUCUCAGGACUUUCCAGUAUUCUCAGUGGAGGGCUGAGCGAAACCCCAUAUGUCGAAUCUUUCGGACAUGCCUGA